AUUUCUCUCCUUCAUCAACACUUGAUGAAAAUUGCCAAGAAGUUUCUCUCUUCUCUACCUUUCUCCUUAUGAUAGUCAUGCAUGAUAAUUUGUGACGAAACCUUUCUAUAACUUAAUAAAUACGUUGUUUUGUAAGUUUUUCACUGGGUUUAAAAAAAAAAAAGGACACAGAAGUGAGACAACCCUGAAGAAAGGUACCAUUUUCUGGACUUAUCCUCCAUGAUUAAAAAAAAAAAAAAAAGGAAAAAGAAAAACUUCCAUUAUAAAAAGAAAAUAAGAUGGUGGAUCCCAUUGUUACCUAGAAUAAGCAUCAAGUUUACCGAAUUACAAAAAUUUUGAAAAGACCAAGACAAGCGAAAACCCAACAAACCAAAAGCUUUUCUAAUUUACGAUUUUCUCCUCCUCAAGAAAUUACCCCUUCCUUAUAAACAAAUUAUUGUCAAGUAUUUCCCAAAGAAAAUAGGAUAAAAAUACCAAAAUAGAAAAGAAAAUACAGUACUAAUAUAAUGUACGUCACAUUUUUUGAAGGCUUCUCUCAAGUAUUUUAAAGAGCAAUUAAAAAUAGUCUGAAGAAUGCUAUAUAGAUAGUAAAACCAUAUUAGGGAGGGGUAAAAAUGUCAUUCCAUGAAUAAAGUAGGCAAUAUAGUUUAGAGAGAGAGAGAGAGGGAAAACUCGAGUAAAUAAAAUAAAAUAAAAUGAAAAAGAAAAAUCUAAAAUUUUCUCACUAAACAAACAUUCCCUUCCAAUCUUUAUUUUCUGCUCUCAUUCUCAGCGGAACAGCACCUAUAUAUCUCUUCUUCGCUGUAUAUUUUUAUAAUUCUUUCUCUCAAUAAGAAUCUGUCAACCCCGUUUCUCACGCAAUAAUAUUACCAUUUCUUUGAAUUUCUUUUUUCCAAAAUUCGAAUCCGGACCCAUCAAAACAAACAAAUUAAAAGAAUAAAAUAAACGGAAAAACCACCUUCUUGUCUCUCAAAAAACCGCCUUUUUCUUUGCUGUUUCUCUCAAAACAACCCAGAAAGGUGGUUCUUCCAUUCUUUACUCUGUACAAUCCCAUUUGGGUCUCCUCUCUUCUUUCAAUUCUUUCUUUAAUUUCUCUUUCUAUAUCAUUAUUUGAUUUAUUUUCUUGCAAAGUUUAGUUUUUUUUUCCUUUCCGUAAGAAAUUUUGAGGCGUCGUCUGCUAAAGUGCGCCAGGGUGCUUAGGAUUAGGAGGGUGGCAGUGUAGGAUUAAUUUCGGGCGUACACGUGUAGGGUGAUAAAGAAAAAUAGAUGAGUACGGGGGUGGUGGCAGUAAGGUGGGGCACAUGGGAAGAAUUGUUGUUGGGUGGGGCCGUUCUCCGUCACGGUACCCGGGAUUGGGAUUUGGUAUCUGCCGAGCUCCGAGCCCGAACCGUUUGCCCGUUUAUUUUUACACCUCAGGUAUGUAAAGCCAAGUACGAGGACUUGCAACAGCAUUAUUCUGGAUGCACAGCAUUAUUUGAGGAGCUACGAAAGCAGCGAAUGGCAGAGUUAAAGCGAGCUUUAGAAAAAUCUGAAGACUCGAUUGGGUCCCUGGAAACAAAGCUUGAAACUCUUAAGGCUGCUAGAAGAAUCGAUAGCAAUGUUGGUUGUGACUCUAGUCAGACUGAAUCAGUCAUGCGGUUUCAGAAAUCUGAUGGAGUUGAGUCUUCCAGUAAAGAGACAUCAAAAGGUGGACUUUCAGCUGGGAGUUUCACUCAGGAAACCAGGACAAGUUGGUCACCUAAAUGUCAGGUUCCAGCCUCGGUGUCAAUGGAAGAUAUUGAGACUAAGCCAGAAGUUUCAGCAUCUCCUAAACAAGAGAAAGUUUUAGGUAUAGGGAAUCUGGCAGAGACCUUUUGUAUGGGACAGGGAGGGAGUAUAAGGAGGAGGAGAGGGAAGAGAAAGAGGAAAGAUUGUAGUAAGGAUAUGAAGGAAGGGAGUGUUGGAGACAGCGACUUUUGGGGGUCAACCGAUGUUUUAUCAGCUACACGAUGCAAAGAGAAUUCAACCAGCACCUCUGGUCAAACUGUCAGAUGUUUUGUUAUUGAAGAUAAAAGCAGAAGUUCAAGCAAGGAUGAGCAUGCUGAUAUUAUUGGAAUUUUUGAUUCUAUCGCAGAGAAUAAAUGCGCCACUGUUUUUAGACGAAGGCUUGAUAGCCAGAAGAGAGGAAGAUACAAGAAAAUGAUAUUGCAGCAUAUGGAUAUUGAUACGUUAAGGUCAAGAAUUUCCAGUCACUCCAUCACUACACUUAAAGAAGUCUUCAGAGAUCUGCUCCUACUUGCUAACAAUGCCCUAGUCUUUUAUUCCAAGACUACUCGGGAAUACAAGUCAGCUCUACAACUCAGAGAAAUAGUCACGAAAAGUUUGCAGCAGCAUUUGAAGGACUAUAUCAGCAAGACUACUAUUACUCUCCUCUCAACCACGCCACAAAUGCUGCAUCCUCCUGUGAAACCUCGCAGUGCUCGCCCUGCUAAUCGCACAUCAUUAGGAAAUGUGUUGAAAGCUGGGAACACUCCUGCAAAGACUGCAAAUGCAGCGAAAACAAGAAGUAAUGUUCAGUCUCCUCAUUCAGCAGAAUCCUUAACUAUGAUAAAGAAAGGUUAUGGCCGCCCAAGAAAAGCCGGGCGCCGAAGUGCUAACCAGCAACCCGAAAAUCUGCCAAAGGGAAGAAAGAGAUGUCGAGGUAGGUGACAGUGUUAGUGUUGUAUAUUGUUGGUCUCGGUCUCUUGUUAAACAUUUUGAAAAAGUAAUCAGUUGUAGACUAGGUUCUCAAUUUAACAUGUGUAUGCUAGGGUGUACGUUAUGUACAAAAAAUCUGUCCUUUUUCAUGAAACUAACUGUUGUAAAAUACUAUUAUUGUAAUCCUGUAACACUCGGAGAAUUGAAAGAGAUGCAGAAUUUCAGAUA